CUCCCUACGCAGCGCUUUUGACGCAUUUUACCGAAAGUCCGCACAUCGAGCUAAGUGCGGACACCCUUCUCCAAAGCAUUGAACAUACCAUUGAACAUCAAAUCGCUGCAAGAAACUGUCUUUCUGCGCUGUCUGAGCGUUGAACAUACUGGGUGAAGGAAGAGAGGAGUGAGAUGGCGUCUUUCUGCGUUUUCUGCUCUUCGGUAGUUGCAAUAAAUCCUUCGCGUCAUCCUUCGACUUUUUGCCAGUCUUGCAUGCCGAAUCUGUCUUCCACUGUUGGUGAGGCCCCUGAUGGCUUAUCAUCUCGUUCCUCUAUGCUACGGUUCGCGUGUGCUUCUUCUAACCGUGCCACUCUCCGCUCAUCAUUUGUAUUUCGUAGCUGUGGCUUGAAUUCUGCUAAAUUAUUGAUUUCUGCUGCUAUGAAGCCGGAUCCUUUGAAAAUCAUGAUAUCAGGGGCUCCUGGGUCUGGGAAGGGAACACAGUGUGAACUAAUCAAGGGGAAAUAUAACCUGGUACAUAUUGCAGCAGGGGAUAUAUUGCGGGCGGAGAUCGCAGCCGGUACUUUAAGCGGGAAAUCAGCUAAAGAAUAUAUGGAGAAGGGAAUGCUGGUCCCUGAUGACAUUGUGGUUGUGAUGGUUAAGGAACGCUUGCUACAGCCAGAUGUCCAGGAAAAUGGCUGGCUAUUGGAUGGUUACCCAAGGAGCUUGUCUCAGGCAAAAGCCCUGGAAGAUCUAGGCAUCCGGCCUGAUCUUUUCAUUCUUCUUGAGGUCAAUGAAAAUACCCUCGUUAAAAGAGUGGUUGGAAGACGUUUAGAUCCCGUUACUGGAAAGACAUACAAUUUGGAGUACUCUCCUCCUGAAAAUGAAGAAAUUGCUGCUAGACUGGUGCAGCGCUUUGAUGAUACAGAAGAAAAGGUAAAAUUGCGGUUGAAAACUCAUCAUCAGAAUGUGGAAUCUGUACUCGCUUUGUACAACGACAUCACUGUAAAGGUGAAUGGAGACUUGCCGAAAGAAGAGGUUUUUGGUGAAAUAGACAAGCUGUUGUCCUUUAUUCUAGAGAUGAAAUCCAAGGCCAACCCAGGAUCCAUGCCCGCGGGCACGGCUCAUUUAAUCGAGUAAUUCUGGGUGCAAUGUGGUAAUCUAUGGCAUUCUUGGUGCGUAGCAAACAGCUUGGAGUAAAGCAUUACAUGUCACUUAAAAUAAUCGCAGCACUGGAUCAGGUGAGCUUUGUUUCCCCGUUUCCAAGGAAGCUGAUGAGGAUAUAAACAUUUUUAUGAUAAAAAAUAGCUCAUGGAUUUUUUUUAUUUAAAAUAUUUAUACCUCUUUAUUAAUCUUAAUUUUGUUUAUCUUUUUUUAAGCAUUUUUUCCAUUCAUUCUAAAACACCUUGGAAGAUUUUUUUGUAAUUGCAAACGUGGUAGAAAUGACAGAGCAGGUCUGUACUCCCAAUCUGUGUUUCAAGUUAAAUGAUCUCACAUUUUAACCACAUAUAAGUUGGAUGGUAGAUGAUUAGGAGUUUGAGCCUUGACUGGAUUUUUUUGUUCGAGGGAUAUUUCUUAUCAUCGUCUUCAUCCGUGAUAUUUUUUCUAAAUCAUACCGAA